GCGUGUGAGGUUGAUUGGUCUGAUGAUGGGCGGAUAUUUCCUGGGGCUGCUCAGAGAACGUGAUGAGGGCGAAGACGCCAUGGGCAGAAGUGACUGACGCACUGGAGACAGGUACCGAGAAGAGCGGCAGCUUCGGCCAACGGCGGUCCCUCCACUCUGGAGCUGGGCUAAUGAGCUGCAAUAUAGCUCACCUCCAGAAACCUUGAUCUCCAACAAACAUACACACACACACACACACAACGCAACACACACACACAACAAGGCGGGAGCAGAAUGCAGCAGCUAUCAGAGCGGCUCCCAAGAAGAAUUACAGUUUCGCUUUACUAAUUUAUCAGGACGGCUGAACACUUGGCUGCUGAUGUCUGUUUGGGAUGAUGGAGACCUCCCCUCUUUCUCUUGGAUUUGGGUGCCUUUUUGUUUUUUGCGCUCAUCUGGGUUUUUCAUCCCAAGCCCGAUUCACUGAGCUCCCCGAGAGUGUGACGGCGAGAGAAGGAGACAAUGUGGAAAUGGCCUGCGCUUUCAGGGGCAGCGGCUCCCCGUCCUAUUACCUGGAGAUCCAGUGGUGGUUCAUUCGAGCUCCAUCCGAGCAGGAAUACAGCCCAGAGACCAGCAAGAUCCAGUUGGACACUUUGCCACAAAGCGAAAUGAUCAACGACGAGACGAAAAUAAGUACGGUGAAAGUGAUGGGCAGCGACAUCUCCCAUAAACUGCAGAUCUCCAAAGUGCGGAAGGACGACGAAGGCUUGUACGAGUGCCGGGUGACCGACGCCAACAACGGGGAGCUGCACGAGUACAAGGCUCAGGGCCACCUCUACGUGAACGCGAGCCACGCCCGGGCCCUGCAGGCGCUGGAGGCGCCGCCGCUGCCCUUGCACGACGGCAAAGGUCUGCGGGGCCCGGCGGCGGCGGCGGCAGCAGCGGGGGCUGGGGCGGCGGCCGUGCCCUCCAGCGAGCGGCCGGGCCGUCGCUCCCCCAACAACCGAGUAACGCACAAAGGACAGACGGGAGCCACCAGCAGGCCCGCCGCCACAAUUCUCAGGCAGAGCGCCACAUCCACAUCAGUAACUAGAUGUUGAGUCUCUGAGAAUGCCGCCUUCCUCUUCAGAUCACUUUGCUGCCCCUUUGGGCUUUUAUCAGGGUCGGACUGUGUGUCAUGUUGUGUGAAUGCAUGCCAAGCCAAAUGGACGGGCGUUAACAGGAAACGCCAGCGUUAAUUUGAAAUACAUGUGUUGAGAAACGUUGCUAAGAAAUAUUUGGAAACAAAAUCUUCCAGAUGAGCGAAUAUUUUAACUUCUUCCGCAGGUACGACGAUCGUAACUGCAAGCGAUGGACUAGGUGUCCUGCUGCUUUUUUGUGGCUUUGUGAAGGGUGCUUUGCUAUAGUCUUAGUGCUGACUUUUCCACUAUCACUUUCUCUUAAAGCAAAGAGCGGUUGGAUGGUAAAAUCCAUGGACUGGACAGCAAAAUCGACUUUAAACACCCACCCUUCUGCACCCAAUGUACUGUAAUUCUCUAGAAACGGGAGCCCUUAGAGAGGCAGCAAAGGCAGAGAGAGAGAAAUAAAGCACCAUUGACGGCAUUGCUCAGGAUACUUACUGCAAAUGGAUUUCUUUGUUGAUAAUGAACCACUUUGGGGGCAAUUCGUGUGCAAGGUUACAAGUCUAGGGGCGUCCUCUUACACAAUCGGGCACCAGGGGACCGGUGCAACUAAAUCUGUCCGCUACCGAAGCGCAUCUGCGUCUGACAAAUUCAGCGUGGGUGCAAGAUUUUAACUGCGCCACCUCCACUUUAAUGGUAUCCUGACCAUCCUUCGAAUGUAUAAGAAGCCUUGAUUUCCAUCAUAAUUCUCUGUGUAAGUGUGUGCAGGAUUCUCAUUGCAAUAGAGACACCUUCAGGACAUGUGCAACUCCGCUCUCAGCACCUGGAUGUUUCAUUUUACCUGUACUCGUUUGAUAUAUCAACUCGUUGGGAUCUCCUGUAUGUGCAGAGCCGAUCUAAGCCAGAUAAAUUACUGCUUCUCAGUGUGCUGUCGUUAUACCCCUUCCCCUAUAGAGGGUCCAAAGCCCCCACUCUGCCAUUUCAAUGCUCGUUGUGACACCAGUACGGUUUUUCUUUCAAAUAACUGGCUGAAUUCUAAUUUUAAUAAUACCACACUGUGUGAUCCCUUUAUUUUUCACCUCUAUUAACGUAUUCACUCAAGAUUCUGGACAAUCUUCUCGUAUCGAAAUGCAAGUUGUGUAUUUAAAACAAUUUUCGUACGGUCUGUGAGUGAACAACGAAAAAGAAACUGACGGUAUCGUGUGUUUUAUUUUUCAAAGAAAGCAAGUUAAGAGAAUAUUACGAAUCGCGUUAAUGUUGACUGAGGUCAUGUUUAAUUUCUCUGUAAUUAAAUGUCAUCUUCCUGUGAUCCGCCCUCACCCAAUCGCAACACGGUGAACGUUAGACCGCAAAGAUACCGACUGGAAAUAUUAUGUAGAGACUAAAUCACUUAGAAUUAAACAAAAAAAAACACAA